AUGGGGUCUACGGAUAUCCCUCUGGACGAGAUCCAGUGGCACCAUCCCCAGCUUGCCGACUCGAUGCAGGGCAUUCAUAGCAACAGCGUCCUGUUCUACUUUGCCGAAUCACCCUUCUUUGACAAGACGUCCAACAACGCAGUCAUUGCAAACCAAGCCAUGUUCAACCCUGCCAUGUAUCAAUACAUUCAGACGCGCGAGGCCUUCGAGGGCCGCCUCAAGACCAUGAGCGGCGUCGAGUUCAUUGUCGCGGAGCAGCCUGCGCAGAUGGCGCCUGGCACAGGUACCGGUGUCUGGGUCAUUCGCAAGCAGACACGGCGAAAGCGGCCCGGCGAGGAGGACGAAAUCAUUGUUCACUCUAGCUACUAUGUCGUCGGUUACAACAUCUACAUGGCCCCGACACUAGCCGACAUUCUCAGCUUUCGCAUGGCCACCAUCACCAACUCGCUACGCAAGUGCUUCCCGGCCGCCGACGAAGCCAGAACGUGGUCGCCUGCCCAAGGUCACGCUUACAAACCCCAACCGGCCACUACCAACUCUCGCGAACGGCAAUUGGCAGCAUCCAAGGAAGCUACACCUCUCCCCGACAGCCAAGCCGCUGCUGGCAAACCAUCCGAACCAAAGAAGUCGGCCCAGUCUUCAAUACUUGACGCGCGCCUGGCCGAGCAUUCUUUCGCCGUCCAGAUGCAAUAUGGCGGCGAGUACAUGGACGAGAACCCAAUCACCGGCCACCCAGGCAGCUUCCAUCUCUCCUCGACUGGACGGAAGGAAAGACCGCGGGCACCUACGCUCAACCCUUUGACCACUAACCUAAAGAAUCCAGUUUCCACCAAAGCGGUAGACAAGAAAGAUGGCACAAAAGAGGCCAAGACGCCAAAGACACCAAACAGCGGCAUCUCGAAGCCAAAGCGCAAGAAGACCAAGACAGGACUGACACCCGGGGCUACGCCUUCAUAG